UGGGCGUUUAAUCCGUCUUCUUCCCCAUCUCAUACAUGACUUCACGAUUAACGUUACACAAGUUGUGAAAUUUCCAGUCGCUGCCGGCCGACGAAGAUGACGGAAAGCUCUGCGAACAAGCUGCUAAACGGAGACGCCUGUCACCGGACCUCUAAUGGUAGAAAACCGAGCAAAAAUGGCUUCGUGAAGAACCACUGCCUGUUUCAACAGCCACAGAAGUAUCGCCGCCCCAGGGAGAAGAACCAAAAUGUCACAUACAACUCCAGCCUGUACAAGAAGCCCUUUGUGGAAUCGUUUGAGGAGACUCCUCUACUGGUGGCCGUGCUCACCUACAUGGGCUACGGCAUCCUCACCAUCUUUGGCUACCUCCGAGACUUCCUCCGCCACUGGAACAUCGAGAAGUGUCACGUGGCCCGGGAGAGAGAGGAGCAAAAGGAUUUUGUCCCACUCUAUCAGGACUUUGAGAACUUUUACACCAGGAACUUAUACAUGAGGAUCCGAGACAACUGGAACCGACCAAUCUGUAGUGUCCCUGGUGCCAAGAUGGACCUGGUUGAGAGAGUUUCCCAUGACUACAAUUGGACUUUUGAUCACACAGGUAAAGUGGUGAAAGAUGUCAUCAACAUGGGUUCAUACAACUACCUCGGCUUUGCUGAGAAAACUGGGGCGUGUGCUGAUGCUGCUAUUGAAGCCACACAAAAGUACGGAGUUGGAGUGGGAAGCACUCGCUGUGAAAUGGGGAACCUGGACAUCCAUGAGGAGAUGGAGCAGUUGGUUGCCAGGUUCCUGGGUGUUGAGUCAUCCAUGGCUUUUGGCAUGGGCUUCGCAACCAACUCCAUGAACAUUCCUGCUCUCACUGGGAAGGGUUGUCUUAUCCUGAGUGAUGAGCUGAAUCAUGCAUCGCUGGUACUGGGAGCUCGUCUGUCGGGCUCCACAAUUCGGGUCUUCAAACACAACAACAUGCAAAGCCUGGAGAAGCUGCUGAGAGAUGCUAUUGUACACGGCCAGCCGAGAACGCACCGACCGUGGAAAAAAAUCCUCAUUGUGGUGGAGGGCAUAUACAGUAUGGAGGGGUCCAUAGUACGUCUGCCAGAGGUCAUUGCUCUGAAGAAACGCUACAAGGCUUAUCUGUACCUGGAUGAGGCCCACAGUAUCGGGGCCCUGGGACCUAAUGGUAGGGGAGUGGUAGACUACUUUGGCCUGGAUCCCAAAGACGUAGACAUCAUGAUGGGAACAUUCACCAAGAGCUUCGGUGCUGCCGGGGGAUACAUUGGAGGCAAAAAGGAGCUGAUCGACUAUCUGCGGUGCCACUCUCACAGCGCCCUGUAUGCUACCUCCAUGUCCCCUCCUGUGGCCCAGCAGAUAAUCACUUCUAUGAAAAUCAUCAUGGGAGAGGAUGGGACCACACUGGGUGCUGAUCGCCUCAGGCAGCUAUCAGAGAACACCACCUACUUCCGCAGGAAACUCCGCGAAAUGGGCUUCAUCAUCUACGGCAACGAUGAUUCACCUGUGGUACCGAUGAUGCUCUACAUGCCUGCCAAAAUUGGGGCAUUUGGACGGGAGAUGCUGAAGAGGAACAUCGGCACAGUGGUAGUCGGCUUCCCGGCGACACCCAUCAUCGAGUCAAGGGCACGUUUCUGUGUUUCAGCUGCUCACACCAGAGAGAUGCUCAACACAGCAUUGGAGGCCAUCAGUGAAGUGGGUGACCUGCUGCAGCUGAAGUACUCUAGACUUGAACAGCCCCUUCCCUCUCUGGUGUGGAUGUCUGAGGAGAGCUUGCUGCAGGACUGAGCCACAUCAUCCCCUCCUCCCAGAUCACCUUUCCUCCCUUACUUUACCUUUUCUUGUCUGAUAUCCCUUAUUUUCCUCUGAGCCAAUUUCUCCACCCCACGUCUUCAUAUCUCUUUGCAUCGGACUCCCGAGGACUCACCAAAACCAAAGUCUUCACCCUGGUCCACUUGGUUUUAAAACCUGCACACUAGCAUCGCUCAUAAGCCUGCGUGCAGUUUGUGACCUGUCCAGCUUCUUCACCCCUAACAGGGAAGGACCAAAAUUACCCACAUCUUUUCUUUGUCUGUGCGUUCACAGCCUUUCAGUUUGUCCUAGCUUAUUGUGACUACAUCAGUCUAACGUCAAGUCUUAUCCCUGUGUGCACAUUAAAUGUGUAUCUUAUUUGUGCAAUAAUAACAACAACGUGGAGUGUCUUUGUCAAACGGCCUAGAGCAAAGUAGACUGAUUUUUGUCAUGAGUUCAUACUUGUGCACUUGGAGAAAAAGAAAUCUGAUCAUAGCCGUUGCUAUGAUGCACUCAAAAGGAAAAAAUUAUAUAUGUAAAUAUUAUUUAUCCCGAAGUUGGUAAAACUGCCUUAGGGUAGCAACCCAAACCUCAAAGAGAGAUACAUUAUUUCACAGGAGUAACAUAAGCAUGUGUUCUCCAUAUGUAUUUAUCUGAUGGCUUUUUUCCUAAUCACUUUUACUUGAAUAGAGAGUAUAGAAUAUUGGGUCCUUUCCCUCACCAAAGGAUAUAUAUAUGUAUAGAUAUAUUUUCUACCUUUUCUCUUAAAAUGCAAAGCAGAUGUUCCAAACGAAAAAAUUUAACGGGGGAAAAGAAUCCCAGGGAGCAAGACUAAGGAAUAUUUUUUACUGCUUAUUUUCUAGAAAUAUUUUUCAGCCUUAUUUACUGUUUACACCUGCACUCAAAAACUUGAGCCCAGUGUCUUUAACAUUUCUAUAAGCUAAUGAGCUACAUAUGUGAUUGUUGUUUUUUUUUUUUUUUUUUUGGGUUCAGUCAUUCUCACUCAAGUGCUUUCAUGUGUUUCAGCGUCGACACCCAUCUCUGAGCAUGAUGACACGCUGUAACUAGGAUCUGUAUGUAUGACGAUGCUGUGCCC